AUGGUGAAACGAAACCAGAUGAUACCGAAUGCUCACUUCCACAAAGAUUGGAAGAAGCAUGUCAAGACGUUUUUUAACCAGCCAAUGAAAAAGAAGCGCCGUUACCUGACCCGAGUGCAAAAAGCUCUAGCCAUCGCCCCUCGUCCCGCCAAAGGGCCUCUACGGCCGAUCGUUCGCUGUCCGUCUUCCCGGUACAGCACCAGAUUACGCUUAGGUCGCGGAUUUACCUUAGAGGAGUUGAAGGUCAAUGUUAUAUGUUUUGUUAAUGUUUUCCAACUUAUGACAACUCAGAGGGUCAUAACGUGA